AUGUAUUUUCCAUCAAUUUUGCUACUCUUUGUGUAUACUUUAGCAGCGGCAGAAGUUGACAAUCUGCUCUCCGAUGAAUACAUCCAACUUCUGAACACCAAGCAGAGCUCAUGGAAAGCAGGUCGCAAUUAUCCUGAAGGAACUCCGAAAGGCCAUCUACCAAGUCUAAGUUGUUUGUUGCGAGAAGUUAACAGAGAUGAUAUACCUUCUAUCACUUACGAUCGUAGCUUCAUAGAUUCGCUUCCAGAAAGUUUCGACGCAAGAGUUCAGUGGAAAAAUUGUCCAUCUCUAAAAGAAAUCAGAGAUCAAGGUUCAUGUGGCAGUUGCUGGGCGUUCGGUGCUGUUGAAGCGAUGACUGACAGAUGGUGUAUCCACUCAAACGGCACGCAGUUCCAUUUCUCUGCUCAAGACAUGGCCGGCUGUAGUUUAGAUGGAAACGGCUGUGAUGGAGGAUAUUUGAGGGUCCCUUGGCAAUAUUGGCAUACUGACGGCAUAGUUUCCGGUGGAAACUAUAAUUCAGAGCAAGGCUGUAAACCGUACGAAAUUCCUGAAUGUGUUCAUGGCUAUGAUGAUGGUGCAAAUUGUACUGGUUAUGGCAGUCUCUAUUGCGAUCAGAAAUGCCGUGAUGGUUACGAUGUAUCUUACGAACAAGAUAAAAAAUAUGGAUUAAAACCUUACGCUGUAUCGCAGGAAGAUCACAUAAAAGCUGAUUUAUAUGUCAAUGGACCUCUUGAAGUGGGUUUUAUAGCUUGUCCAGAUUUAUAUCAUUACAAGAGCGGCGUAUAUAGAAGCACAUUUAGUCCAGAUAAUAACCAGUGUGGCGGGCAUGCUGUUAAAGUGCUGGGCUGGGGUGCAGAAGACGGUACAAAAUAUUGGUUGCUUGCAAACUCUUGGAAUACAUAUUGGGGCGAAUUAGGUGGGUUUUUCAAAUUUCUUCGUGGAGAAAAUCACAUGGGAAUUGAAUCCGAGGCGGUGGGUGCUAAACCUAAAUUGUAA